AGGUAGGAUGUUUGGAAGCAUUCUAAGGCAGGUGACGAGGGUGAACCCCUCUAAUCUGUUGAUGAAACGAAGUAUCAUCACUCAGACUGGAGCUAUAGAGAAGAUGCCCAGUGGUGUUGGCAAGAUAUCCCCUCUCAUGGUACCUGUUGUUGUUGCUGUUGGCUGCUACUGUGGUGCUAAAGCUAGCGAGUACGGUGCUUGGCUCCUCAAAGAGUUCUCCCUCUUCGAGUAUGACGAUGACGAUGAUGAUGAUGACUAAGUUAAGAAGUGCACUUGUUUGGGAGGAGGGUGACAAGAACUAGUGGAAGAGGCGUGAUAUUGUGCAUUGUGGUGUGUACUUGGUACUGUGUAAGUGUUGUCGUGUGUACUAUACAUGCGAUGAUACUGUACAAUAUGUAGUACUAAGUUACAUAAUAUCAUUGUGCACGUGAUACACAUAUAAUCUCGGCGGUUUUGUCGAUCUAAGUUCAGUAAGGCUGGUCUGAACGACACCUGAUAAUUUUAGAUACUGUUUACUGAACGUAUCGUGUUUAAGACGUUUAGCUGUAGCUGUAUUAUACGGGAAUACGGAUAUUGUAUAAGGUAGUUCAGGACAUGUAUAGUUGUACAUUGUACACUGCACUGUACAGGAAUAUUGUAUUGUACACUGUACAGGGAUAUUGUAUAGUACAUUGUACACUGUACAGGGAUAUUGUAUAGUACAUUGUACACUGUACAGGGAUAUUGUAUAGUACAUUGUACACUGUACAGGGAUAUUGUAUAGUACAUUGUACACUGUACAGGGAUAUUGUAUUGUACAUACACCUUGAACAUUUCAAGUGAAUUACGCUUAAAAACUUAGUGUGUAUUUAACGCAUGGAACAUUAACUACUUUAUGGGCGCUUCUUUUGCUUUAUAUUUACCCAUUAUCAUAUUAUUUAAUGUUUUCAUUUAAGAACGAUACUUUACUUUAGGAACGCAGUUUGAAAAGAAUAUCGGUUAUUGUGAGAAGACAUUGCAGGAUUACAAAUAUGAUUACUCGGCAUGGAAUGCGCUAGAAAGUAUUUAUAUAAUGAUUAUGUUUAUGACAGGUCAAGUAUUUCUGAAUCUACUCAGCUCUGACUAGUAAUGUGGUGAUUAUUAUAACGUUAACAGUACAGGAAGCAAGGCUGUGUGCGAAUAGUUAUGUCUGGUGUUAAAAUGUACAAAUUUCUAAUGUUGAAAUGUACAUUUUCCAAACCAUUCAGCUGAAUUGAAAAACAAGUAUUGUAUUGCGCAUUGCACAACACUCCACUAUUUGAAGUGUAGAAUGUGGUAAUUUCUGAACCUGAUUUAAGGUUAAUGUAUAUUGGAGUAUCCUCCAUGGUUAAAUAUAUACUGACUCUGAUUAAAUUAUCAAUGACUGGAAUUACACAUCUUGCAGAGUUGCAGCUGAAGACGAAAUUUGUAUCACUCUUAAGCUUCUUGAAAUUAUUUUAAUCAUUUCAUGCCUCAAGACCAUCAUAACAUAACAUGACGUUUCGAUAUUAUAGUUAUUUGUAAGAUAUCCUAUAGAAAUGUUUGUGAUAAAGCACGUUAUAUGUCAUCUGUUUCUGUAAUCUGUAUAUAAUAUCAUAAUUAGAUAUCGUAAUUUGUGGAAAGUUUACGAGUUUCAUUCUUAACUUCAGUGAGAAUUUAAAAUUUGUAAAUUAGGUGGAAUAAAGUAUAAACUAAGCGAAAUUUAUUACAUUAGAUCCACCAGUUAUAUUGGCGAUAAGAACAGGAAGUCGGUAUCCUGGUUUUCGGAAUUCGUUCAUCCAUUUAUAGUCAACUUCCAAUCGUACUGUCAUUUGCCGCACAGAACCAUAUUGAAACGUUAAUAUUUGGUUCAAGGUAACAUGUAACAUGUUUUCAGCUGAGGCUGACCAGUCACUGUUUAAACCAGUGACCACUGGUUGCGAAAAUAUCUAAAGGAUCUAAAAUACUAAGAUAAGACCUCUAACUAUUACCUAAAAUUCUAGUUUUAGAACUGAUGUCAAUCCUAAUCUGGAUAACACUCUCAAAGUACUCUCUUCUCCACCUCACCACAAAGUACACAAUGUACAGGAAAGGGCUUGCAGCGCUGCCCAAUGUAGAGGUUCUAUCACCGCUUGUCACCAGGGUACUGGGUCAGAAUCCUGGUCCUAAAACCCUGCAAGGGACUAAUACGUACCUGGUGGGGAAGUACCCUAAUGUUGUGCUUAUUGAUACUGGGGAGCCGGACAAGAAGAGCUACACUGAUCUACUCCGGGACACAGUGAGAUCCUCCAACCUCACUGUCAAAGGAAUCAUCAUCACACACUGGCAUCCCGACCAUUUAGGAGGGUGUGGUACUGUGAGGACACUUCUAGAUGAGAUGUGGACUUCAGGAAAUAAAACCAUGUGUUCUAACCAUGGAGGAGAUUGCGCGAUACUUGGAGAUAGCAAGGUACCUGAACAGUGUAAUGUUCCUGUGUUUAAGAUGCCUCAUGCGUUUGAUUCAGAGAUUGCACCUGGUCAGAACAUGCACCAUCUUCAUGAUAAACAGCUAGUAGAAGUAUCGGAAGGCUGCACACUACGUGUCCUCCACACCCCUGGACACACAGAUGACAGUAUCUGUCUCCACCUCCUCCAGGAGAACUCCCUCUUCUCCGCUGACACCGUCCUAGGAGGUUCCAGCGGAGAGUUCUCCAACUACACACACUACAUCAAGUCUCUGAACAGACUGAGAGAGCUAGCUCCGGUCAGGGUGUAUCCUGGACAUGGGCAGGUGGAGGAUGGUGGGGUAGUUGACCGGUAUCUCUCUCAUAGACAGGACAGAGAGGGACAGGUGCUAGCAGCCCUCAGGGGUGAGGAGAGUCACGUGGGAGUGGGCAAGUUAACGGAGAUUGUGUAUCAGAAUGAGAACUUACACCCAGGGUUAGUUGUUGCAGCACAAGGGAUCGUGGGGCUGAUGUUGGAGAAGUUGAGGGCUGAUGGGACAGCUAGGGAGGUGGAGGAUGGUUUUUGGGUUGCCACUUGAAGUGGUUAAAUCUUUAAACAAAAUAAACAUCGACUUUAAGUUUAUUGAUUUUGAUAACUUUUCUGAUCUGUUGCUGUUCUGAUUUUCGUAUAUUUUAAUACAGUGGCUAAAAAUUUUAGAUAAUUUAUUCAAACAUUUUUAUGUUCAGAGAGGGUUUUUCGAUAUUUUUAAAACUAAAUAGUUUUCAAAUUUUACAGAGUACAUCAAUAAAGGAUCAUAUUGUUAAUGUAAUGUUAAUUGCUAUGAAUUAUGAAAGUUAAGUUUCU